UUUUCAGUUGAUUUGAAUGUAAAGUAUCUUAAUAGUGUUGAUAGUGAUGCCUCGUGAAAUCAUCACUCUGCAGCUGGGCCAAUGUGGCAACCAGAUUGGCAUGGAGUUCUGGAAGCAGAUCUGUGCGGAACACGGAAUCAACCCACACGGCAUACUGGAGGAGUUCGCCACAGAGGGCAAUGACCGGAAAGACGUCUUCUUCUACCAGGCAGACGAUGAGCACUACAUACCCAGGGCAGUCCUGCUGGAUCUAGAGCCCAGAGUCAUCAACAACAUCAAUACCUCUGAGUAUGCCAAUUUAUACAACCGGGAAAACAUCUUCACGUCUAAGGACGGGGGAGGCGCGGGCAACAACUGGGCCUCAGGUCUUACACAGGCAGAGGGGUUCCACGAGCCUAUCUUUGAUAUAAUUGACAGGGAAGCAGAGAACAGCGACUCCAUGGAGGGGUUCGUCAUGUGUCACAGCAUGGCCGGAGGUACAGGCAGCGGCAUGGGAUCAUACUUACUCGAACGACUCAACGACCGGUAUCCGAAGAAGCUGAUCCAGACGUACUCUGUGUUCCCUAACCAGAAGGACACCUCGGACGUGGUUGUGCAACCAUACAAUGUAGUCCUCACUCUCAAACGACUCACCCUCAAUGCAGACUGUGUCAUCGUACUCGACAACACAGCUCUCAACAGGAUAGCAGUGGAGCGGCUGAAAAUAGAGAAUCCGUCGUUUGCUCAAGUGAACAGACUGGUGUCCACGAUCCUGUCUGCGUCCACUGCCACUCUGAGAUACCCUGGAUAUAUGAACAACGACCUCAUCGGACUCAUAGCCUCACUAAUACCCACCCCCAAACUACACUUCCUCAUGACAGGCUACACUCCCUGGACGGCAGCGGAUCAAGUGGAGUCUUCAAUUAGGAAGACGACAGUGCUAGAUGUGAUGAGGAGACUCCUUCAGCCCCAGAACAUGAUGGUCAGCAUCCCCAGGGACCACAGCAGAGUCAGAGGAGGGGGAGGGGGCAUGGGAGAUGCGGGGGCCACUAAUGUGAAUGCCCAGAUCAACCACUGCUACAUAUCCAUCCUCAACAUUAUCCAGGGCGAAGUGGACCCCACUCAAGUGCAUAAGAGUCUACAGAGAAUACGAGAGAGGAAGCUAGCAAACUUCAUCCCCUGGGGUCCGGCUAGUAUCCAGGUGGCGCUGAGUAAGAAGUCGCCCUAUGUGCCCACCUCACACCGAGUCAGUGGACUCCUCCUCGCCAACCACACCAGCAUAGCCAGUCUCUUCCGGCAGACCUGCCAGGACUUCGAUCCCAUGAGAAAGUCACAGGCGUUCUUGGACAAAUUCAGGAAGGAAGACAUCUUCAAGGAGAAUCUGGACGAGCUGGAUGACAGCAGAGAAACAGUGCAGCAGCUCAUAGAUGAAUACGUAGCCGCCACUAAGCCAGAGUACAUCGACUGGGCUGAGAGUGUGUGAAGCGAAUGAAUUGAACUAAAAACAUGUUUAAGAUUUGUCUUGUGAUCGAAUAAAAAGAGCACAGUGAUUUGUUUUGGAUCUGUCGGGAGUUUUUUUAAGUUCGGGUGGCUAUACUUGAGAUUUCAUCAUGUUUAUCAUUAUUUAGAUUCAAUGAACGUAGGUUGAUUUUUCGAUCGACGUAGUUAGACGUAGUUCUUUUGAUUUCUUUUUAAGUUCCGUUCUUUUCCUUUGUUUAGACGAGCGGAGCAUAGUGCGAUAGUACGAUGCAACAUUUUUUUCAAUCUAUGUCACAAAUAAAUGUGCUACUUUUGGUGGCAAUUGAAUCAGUAGGCUGCAUUACCAUUAUAAU